AUGGAGUGGACCGAAGUUCACAUCCUUGUUUUUGCAAAAGAAGCAAGAGUAUCUGAACCAUGGAUCUAUAAACCACUGACAGCUAAAAGAGGGAAAGUGUAGUUGAGAACUGCUGAUUGCCUCAAUGAAAGCACGAUGAAGUUUACCACGACCAAAAAGACUGUUCCAGAGCACUUCAAUAUGAUGCUUGAAAAAUUCAAGGCAAAUGGACCAAGGUGUAGUGGAGUGAAUGUGAAAGACAGCAAACUAGAUGUCCUAAUGAAGAAGGGGUGGAUAUUUUUGUCCUCGCCGUGGUAUAUAUACUGCAGCCACAUUCUCCUAGCAAAAUCUCUUAAGUCUGUAAGAAGUUGUUUUUUCAAUGUGGUUUUGUUUUUUAUAGGCGUAGCGACAAAUUUUAAUCCCCAAGAGAGCAGAUUAAUCUGAUCAUAUGUAAGUUCUAGAUUGGAGAGGUUCUUUAUGUAUUUUCUAUUGGAUUUCGUUUUCAUAGCUCUAAUAUCUUUGCAGGUUUUCUUUCGUGUCUCUGUUUGUUUUUUGUUCUUAAAUUUACGCUUUCUAAUCCAGUAGCCCUUCUUAUCAGUAGACCCUGACUCAGAGACCACACGAGUGUAAGCUUCAACAGUUGGAAGAGGGACAAACACAGUAUGCAGAGCAUAACAAACUUUCUAUGGGGAAAACACCCUUAACCCCACCCAAUCCCUCAGAAGAAUCCUUAAACUUAUUCUUUAAGAGAAUUCAUUUGAAUUCAAUGGCAAAAACUAUCUCCAGACACAUGGAACCACAAUAGGCACAAAGAUGGCAGUUGCUUUUGGCAAUAUCUUUAUGUUGGUGGUAGAGACAGAAAUACUGAACCUUAGCAAAACUAAACCUCUUGAGCGGAGAAGAUACAUUGACGAUAUUAAUUUUCUCAUUGUGGAGAACUGAGAGGAAACUGGCAUCACUCUACAAUUAAAAUUACGGCUGAAAUAUCUGAUAAAGAGGCUAACUUUCUGGAUACAACUGUUUACAAAGGCGAGAGACUGCACAAUCAAGGAAUCCUUGACCUUCACAUGCAUUUCAAACUGACAGAGACUUUUCAAUACACGUUUUUCUCUUCCUGUAACCCUCACGGGGUCAGAAAAGGUCUCAAAAAAGGGCAAAGCCCUCAGACUUCUGAGAACCAUCUCCUCAGCUAAAACUUUUCUCUGAGAAUAUCUACAACUUCAAAAAAAAGCCUUCGCACUAGAGGUUAUCCUCACAAUCUCAUAGAAAAAUCACCUCUGAGGUUAAAUUUACUCAAUGAAAGUCGGCCUUAGAAAUGAACAAUGAGGUGCGAAAGACAAUUCUGCCUUUUGUUGCCACAUACCACCCUGCUUUCCCGAACUUUAAAAACAUCUUAAUGAGCAAAUGGCAUUUAAUUCAAAAUCAACCACUAUUGAGAGAAAUAUACGAGCCUCCCAUCAUUUCAUGUAAAAGAGCAAAAUCUCUGGGAGAUAUCCUUAUUAGAGCAACUAUAAGGUCACGUAUCACACUAUCACGAGGUUACGAGUCAUCUUUGGCCCGUCAACACCUUUCACCAAGACAGUGUUCCAGUGCACUUCAAUCUGAUGCUUGAAAAAUUCAAGGCAAAGUGCAGAAAUGAAGCAAGGUGUAGUGGAGUAAAUGUGGAAGACAGCAAACUAGAGAGGCAAAGAGGCGGAAACAAAGGAUGUUUGUUUCACCAACAAACAGAGGGCUGAAGCAGAUCACGCUGCAGGUGAGGAAACCAGAAAAAGGGCAUGCCGGGGACCCAGGGAGACCAAGAAA